UUCAAGACAGGCGGUGAAGAGUUUGCGUCUGACAGCAUCAAGACACCAGAGCAUGCUCCAAGUUUUUUACUCCCGCCGUCUAAAAAUGACAGCAGACUCGCCGGUAGCUUAGAGGUUUCCUUUCCUUCCGUGAGGGCAGAGAGUUUAACUUUGGAUGCCAGCUGGAGCGCUUGAAGCCUGUGAGAAGGAAUCAGAGAAGGUGGAGAAGCGCUGAUGGCUUCAGACCAGGAAAGGAUCAGAGAGCGCAUUAAAGCGCUCCUCAAGAAACCUGGAAAUGGAAACUGUGCCGACUGCGGGGUUCCAGAGCCAGAGUGGGCAUCCUACACCUUAGGGGUGUUUGUGUGUCACAGCUGCUCAGGCCUCCAUAGAAACAUCGCUCAGAUCAGCAAGGUCAAGUCUCUGCUGCUGGAUCCCUGGAGCUCUUCUGAGUUAGAGUUUUUAGAUUCUGUAGGGAACAUUGCUGCCAAGGCCAAGUAUGAACAGAUUGUACCUGCCUUCUACUACCGACCCACGUCCAAAGAUUAUGUGCUCCUGUUGGACCAGUGGAUACGGGCCAAGUACGAGAGAAAGGAGUUCAUGAGUGUGGAGAGACAGGAGCCCUACUCAGCAGGCUACAGAGAAGGGUGCUUAUGGAAGCGAGGAAGAGACAAUGGACAAUACAUGAGCCGAAAAUUUAUUCUGACUGAACGUGAGGGUGUCCUGAAAUACUUCAACAAGCAUGAUGCCAGAGAGCCUAAAGCGAUCAUGAAGAUCAACACUGUGAACGCUACUUUCCAAGCAGCUAAAAUCGGCGUUCCUAAUGGGCUGCAGAUUACCUAUUUAAAGGAUAACAGCACCAGGAAUAUUUUUGUUUACCAUGAGGAUGGCAAGGAAAUGGUGGACUGGUUCAAUGCAAUAAGGGCUGCAAGGUAUCACUACCUGCAAGUGGCAUUUCCUGGUGCUACAAACUCUGAGUUGCUACCAAAGCUAACCAGGAACUACAUAAAGGAGGGUUACAUGGAGAAGACUGGACCAAAGUGGAGGCCUAUUUUAAACGCAAACCGUGAUUGA